UGUGAAUAAGGGAAGUCCAUGGACUAAACAAAAAUUGAAACGUUUGAGCUUUUAUAAUUGAAACAAAAAUUUGUUCUUGAAAUAAACUGAUACGUUACUGUAUUGAUAAAAACAUAAAUUCUAUUUUAUAGCAAUAAUAUAAGGAAGUGAUAGAUCAGUCUGAUGGUUGUGGUGCUAAAUUUUCUGUAGUAAUUGUCUCUGAUGUGUUUGAUGGAAAACCUUUACUGCAACGUCAUAGGCUAGUAAAUGCAGUUUUAGAAGAAGAACUUAAAACAAUCCAUGCAUUUUCACAAAAGACAUUAACUCCAGAACAGUGGGAAAAACAAAAGAGCUAAUUUAUUUAACAAUUUAUAACGCAAAAUAUUAAUGUCCUAUCAUAAAAGCAGCCACAUAAACAGAAUUGAAAAAAUUUAAUAUGAUUCACUUCAAAGUGUCUGCACCAGGAAAAGUGAUCUUGUUUGGAGAACAUGCUGUAGUGUAUGGAAAAACAGCUAUUGCAGCUAGUAUAGGUUUACAUACAACAAUAGACUUAACUGAGUUACCUGAAGCAGAACAAGUUAUUAAAAUAUAUUUUCCUAAAGUAAAUCUAUUUAUUAGUAUACCUCUUCAACAAAUACAAAACUUCCUUGUUGUUAAUAACAGCAUAGAAUUAAUAGGGAAUUAUGAAGUAUUUUAUAAUAAGAUAAAGGAAUUUGUUGGUAAUAUCAGUUAUACAAAUCUGCAACAAAAAUUAAGUUUAGAGGCAUUCUUUUAUCUUCUCAUAUACAUUACGCAGAAAGAAGAUAUAAAUAUAAAACCUUUUCAAAUUCAGUUAAACAAUGAAUUUGCAAUUGGUUCUGGACUCGGUAGUUCUGCUUCAUUCGCAGUUUCUCUUGCUGCUUGCUUUUUACAUUGGUCAUAUUUGAGAAAAAAUAUCUGCAAAGAAUUCGGUGUUUCUGAUUUAGAAAUGAUUUCGAAAUAUGCUUUAAAUUGUGAGAGGAUCAUGCAUGGUAAUCCAUCUGGAAUAGAUAAUUCCAUAUGUACGUACGGAUCGAUGAUUGAAUUUAAGAAAGGUCAUUGUAUGAAACCAAUAAGCAAUGUACAAACCAUGAAAAUUCUAUUAGUAGACACAAGAGUUAAUAGAAGCACAAAAGCGUUGAUGGAAAGAUACUUAGAGCUGAAACACAAAUAUCCUGUUAUUAUUGAUCUCAUUAUGGAUUCUAUUGAUAAUAUUUCAAUGGAAGCAAUAAAAAUCAUACAGAAACUUAAAAAUCUUUCAACCACUGAUAAUGAAUCUCUGUAUGAAAACUAUAAACAAUUAAUGACACUUAUUAACAUGAAUCAAGGAUUGUUAGCUACAUGUCAAGUUUCGCAUCCCUCCUUAGACAGGAUUUGUGCAGAGGCACAAAAUUAUGCUUUAGCAGCAAAACUUACAGGUGCUGGAGGCGGUGGGCAUGCAUUUAUUUUAUUGUUACCUGAUACCCAGCCAGAAACAAUUUCUAGUAUAUCACGAAAAUUAAUUGCAGACGGUUUUACUGUCACGUUAACAACUUUAGGGGUUCCUGGUGUACAAAUUCAUAAAUAAUAUACUAUGAAUUUAAAUUAACAAAUAAAUUUUCUUUUGUUUGCAAUAUAUUUUAAUAUAAUCUAUAUUUUGUCUACAAUUAUUCACAAGCAUAAUAGUAUUGUUCCUUAAAAAAAUUUUUAGAAUUUAUAUUAAAUAUUAGUUCUUUAUUAGCGCCAUACAUACACAUAGCAAUAACUAUUUCAAUAUACUACUUUCUGUUCCUUCAUUGUUUUAAUUUCAAUUGUUAAAUAAAAUUGUAAAACAGAAAGCAUAAUUAAAAAGACUAGGAAUUAAUGAUUUUCUAAUACCAUUAUAAAUGUGCAUUGUAUACUAUUACAUGAUAGAAAGGGUAGUGGGUAUAAUAAAUAGUGGAAAGGGUCUGAUUUAUAUAAAAAAAAACCUUAUUUAAAACAAUGUCACGUUUAUAACAAAAAAAAGAUGAAUAAAUAUUGUAGAAU